AUGUUUUUCAACUCGGACAUGCUCACCAAGAGGGGCCCACUCGCACGCGUGUGGAUGGCCUCGCAUCUGUCGGCCAAGCUCUCAAAGACCAAUCUUCUCGCGACCUCGAUUCCUUCAUCGGUCAAGUCCAUCCUCGGCAACGACGACACGCUCAACCUGCCUUCGAUGGCCCUCCGUCUCUCGGGCCAGCUCCUGCUCGGUGUCGCGCGCAUCUACUCGCGCCAGACCAAAUACCUCCUCGACGACUGCAACGAGACCCUCAUCAAAGUCAAGAAUGCCUUCCGACCUGGAGCCGUCGAUAUGCACGAGAACGACACCGCGCAGAGGGGCAUCAACGCCGCCGCCAUCACCCUCGGCAUGCACGAAGGUGGACUUGAGGAUAUUCUCAACCAGCAAAACUUCCUCGGCCAGCAAUGGGACCUCGACUUCAACGCUCGCUCCGCCACCGCCGCACCGACGACGACCUCGGGUAACAAGGCCAAGACACUGCGCGCUAGUACCAUGAACGCCGCCGACAUCAACUUGCCCGACCACUCGCUCGCGUGGGGCGAGGACCAUGGCAUCGUCGACUUUGAUUUUGGCGAAGGCGGUGGACUCGAGUCACAGAUCGAAGGCUUCUUUGACGAGGACUUUGAACUCGGUAUCAUGGACGACGGCAAUCCUCGCAGUGACGGCGACCUCAGCGUCGAAGUCGGUCGCGAUGCCGCGGUCCAUGCCUCGGACCGGGGAUCGAUCGGUCCCUUUGACCUCGACGACUUGAACCUGGACAAGGUCCCGCAGUUUGAGAGGGAAGGUACGGGUGGAAUAGAACAAGACUUUGAGCCGUGGCGCGACAACAAUGAUUUCAACCUAGAGUUUGGGGGUGACAACCGAGAAACGAGUUAGUUCACAACCUUGCUUCCGCUGCAUCGGCGGUGCAACCAGAAAGCUGACCUGACCAUUGCUGUACUCUCCACAGCACCCAUCGCCAAUGGUGACCUCGAAAAUAAUGACCUCUCUUUGACACCCAAGACGCUUGCCGACCUCAAGGGCAAGGCCGCCGCCGCAGCUGCCAAGGGUGCCAAGAAGGCGCGCAAGCAACUGAUGGAUGCUUCGAUCGAGUUGGCCCAGGGGAACGGCCGCUCGCGCCACCUCAAGGAGCCUUCGUAUCUGCCUCGAUCCCGAUUACACUUGCGACUUCUCGAACUCGAACGCGAUGUGACCACGAACCUGCCUUCCUCCGUCUCGGACGCGACCGAGUUGUUUGCUCCCACUGGUUUCGCUCCCGAGCUCAAAGGCCUUUACGAAAUGCCGACCCGACGAGAGCUGAUCCGAAUUGAAGGUCGAGCCUCGAGCGCUGUGCCCGACGAAGUUGAACUCGGUCGCAAGCGCCAGGCCAGUCUCGCGUUCUCUGCUGCCGACAAGGACGCGUACGCACCCUUUGACGACCUCGAGUUUGGUGGAGGAGAAGACCAGGGUGGUAUGGACUUGGCGAUGGAGUUUGAUACCUCGCGCGACGACUUCCGCUUCGACCUCGACGACAACGCCGCUGCGCCGGCCAAGGAUUCGAACCGGACACCGAGGGCUUCGCCGCGCAAGAAGCAACGCGUCGAAGAGGGCGAGUCGGCUCUCGAUCUUGCGGAUGAGGAUCGAACUGGUUCGCUCUCGAAGGGCCCUUUGGCGGUGUUCGACAACGCCUCGACCGGUCCGGUCUCGGCGCCGACAGCGACGCAAUCGCAGUCGCUCGGUGCGACCGAAGAAGAGGAGAUGCUCGCUGCGAACGGCAAGACAAAAUGGAGCAAAAACACGGUCAAGGCCAUCACGGUGCUCAACGACGAGCUGCAAGGCGACGACGAAGCGACGCUCGAGUUCUCGCAUGUCGCGCAGCAGGUGACCAAGAAGGCGGCGGCGUCCUUCUUCUUCGAGUUGCUCGUGCUGUCGACGCGCGACUGCGUCAAGAUUGAGCAGCCCAAGUCGUUUGGUGAAAUUAAAGUGCAGGCAAGGGAGAAGCUGUGGCAGGUCGCGGCUGAGGUGGCGGCAUAUUAG